AAUGUAUUUCCUUAAUUUUCUAAUCGAACAUGUAUAUAGUACACAAAAAUUUCUUGUGUUCACACAUCUACCAUUCCAAUGUUCUGAUUCAAAAAUUGAAGAACAUCAAGGCGAGAAGUUUUGUUUCUUUCUUGCUGGAAAAAGUGACUCAACCUUUCAAAAUAUGACUCAAUUAUCACAUAAUGAGUAAUAUAACAUGUUCUUAAUAACGUUAACACCAAAAGAUACAUGUGAACAUUGGUCGUUCUUAUGUUAACCUUCGGUUAUCAAGGUAGAUACAGUGAAAUGGUGAAGUGUAGUGUAUCAGGUAAGUGAUAACGAUUAAAAUAAAUCAUGUAGAAUAUUUCAUGAUCGAUUCAUUAAUAAAUCAGGUAAGUCCAUUUUUGAGGAAUUAUUAUUCAAAUUACUUCUGUUACCCAUAUCUACCUUUAUCAAAUUUGAAGAUCGAACAGAUUUAUUCGAUACUCAUUUCCGAGUGAAACGAGCUAAUUUAAUGCAAAACCCCAUAUGGCUAACGUCGAAGGCUUGCAAAAGACUCGUCACGCAAUCUUUCACCCUUACCAUCAUUCUCACCUAUUAAAUCUUGCAAGAAAUAUUAGUUGACGUCACUUGAUUGAGAAAGUAUCUAAAUAGCAUGACGCGAGCAGGAAAGCGCGAGGCUUACAAGUAACGUGAUAAAAAUAAAUAACGUGCGUUAACGCCACAUUUCUCCGACAAGUCUCUAUUUCUAGGUCUCACAUUUAUGUAAGAUUUCUCCAUUCUAGUAAAAGCCGAUGGAACGUCCUGCCUUGAACUCACCGUCUGCGUAUGUCUCGAGCACUUCCAAUUUACAUAUCCAACACCGCCACGAUAAGUCUAACUUCUCCAAGGAAAACUUGAGUGUCAUCAAGAGGUUCCAAUUAAUUCCAUUGCCUUUACACACCCCGUUAGAAUACAUUAUCACACACUCAUUCCUCUUCUAUCGGUCGUUUUCAUUCCAUUUAGACCGAAGCCGGUCUUCGCAGGAAUUCCGCCAAAGUGAAAGGUUCUGCCGUCCAAGUAGCCAUUUCCCUCGAGCUAACAAUUGAAGAAUUCGCUGCGGAAAAGAGAGAGAAAAAAAAAUGAAGAAAAUCACACGUUCUCCACAUCCACCAUGCAGCCAAUUUAAGUCAUUUUUGCAACAGGAAGUUGCAUCGUCCUUGGCCGAUGAUUCAGGCCACAGUUUCCCACGCAAUGCCUGAUCCACUAAUGCGGUAAUCCUCGUUUAAUUACCCUCGAUAUCUCAUCUCCUCGAUUGAUGGAUAGAUAAAGCUCAACAUUGAUUUGCGAUCUGCUUAGAGAGGAUGUUUCAGUGCCGUUUUAUCCGGAGGAGACGAGGAGCGAGAUCGAGAGCCUGUUUUUCUCGGCGUGGAACGCCCUCAAACGGCGGCGAUUAUUCCGCGAUCGGAACGAGCGCCGUUACCGCCAAUGAAUUCGACGUGGCGAGGUGCAUUUGAUUGCUUAAACGGCCGGCCAAGUAAUGACCGUAAAUCGCGAUGAUUCCCCACGAAGCUGGUACGCCGGCUAAACCAAUGAGAGACGCCAGGAAAUACCGUAAGCACUGUUAUGUGCGGAGCGCUUGCAGUGGGAGUGGAUCGUCUAAGUUUCGCUGCUCGGGUUCGGCCUCUUCGCCGGCGUCUCGAGGUUAUCACCGAAUCUGGGUCUUAUCACGAAGGGAUCGUGCGCGCCUUCCCGGGAUGUGAGUACACCCGCGACUGUUAUGAAAGAAAGCGACAAGAAAUAGAAAAAGAAAAAGAGAAUCGCGUUAGCCUCGACCGGUCGGAAGAACAAGAAGAAGCGUCAAAGUAAAGAUGGAAAGAAAAAAAAAAAACGUGGCACACGGACGUGCACAUGUCUCGCACGGCAUCGAGAAAUGCGCACUCGGUUACGUCUUUUAGAUUAAAUGAGUCCUACAUUCGUGACGAUACCUUCGAUUUACCGUCAAGUUCCUUUUUAUAGUGCGAAUAACGCGUUUAAUCGGCCCGCGAGGAGAACGCGUUACGCAGAAAAUUCCCCGGAAUUCGAGAUAGGUCGCUUUAAUAGCAGAUAUCAAUGAGCGUCUUGCGAAUUCCGAAUACCAGGACCCUGGGAGGUAAUACCGUAUCGAUUAUAAUUUUUACAAGGGAAGUCGUUCGCCAGGUGGACGCUAGUUAGAAUCCGUGCCUAUUCGCGUUCGUAUUUUAAUCUCCUAAAGAAGCGUCUUGGUUUUUUUCCAGGUUGCGGAUCCUUGAAAAUUCUUGCACUUGCGGUGAAGGUCCGAGUCCUUGGUGACAUUUUAUUCCUGUUAGGCUGCACUCGAUUGAAUGUCAGAUCGCGAGCUCAGGAAAUCACCGCUGGGACAGGUGUCCUUCGGGGUCCUCUCCAGGACUUUGUCAUCGACGCGGUGAGCGCCCACUCGAUGUGCAGAAGAAUCGCGAUCCCACUCCGAAGGAGGCGAUGCCUUCCCCUCGAGAUGCACAGUCGCUCGAUUAAAAGUCACCAGUCCAGUGGAGUCCGCGAUUCCAACCGGUUCCCGGGAUAUUCCGGGGAUUCCCUGGGCCGAUUCCACGACCCUUCUUACAUCCGUAUCUCUCCCAGUACGUCGAAGAGCUCCCGGCAGUGCGCCUCGCUUUCGCUCAUCGGCGCCUCCACCUACCAAAAGUACACCCAGCAAAGAUACUCUUCAAGGAUUAUAUUGAAAAUUCCGAGCCCGUUAGAGGAUGCUCUCCGAUGACACGACCCCGAGGUGACGCCCCAGGAUGGGUGAUGGCUCGAAGCGGAAGAGCGUACCGACCCUGACGCCGCUGCAGAAGAGGAUCCACCUGGAGAGGACGAUCAGCAUGCAAAUUCCCCCGAUUUCGCCGAUUUCCCCGCCAGUCGGUCAGAGAUGUAAAAGGACUACGUCCAUGCUGCUAACGCGAUGGUUCGCCUCCAAGAGGAACCCUUCCAUGGACCCCGACGAGGGCUGGAUCUCGGAAGAUCGGUGUCUGGAGUACGGCACGCCGCCACCCAUAGAAGAGCCUCAUUGUUACUCCAUGUGCAUCAGCGAGACUUCGUACACGGACGAAGGGAACUGCGCCUUGCAGGUGACGAAGGACGGGGUGAGGGGUCUAUUAACGGAGCACACGAGAGGCGUCGGCGGGAGGCUGCAGCUCCUAGAGGACCUUGAGACGGGCAGGAUAAGCCCAGAGAACGUGGACCGGCUGGCCGUGUCCUGCAAGCCUCAGGAAAUUAACGCUCUUUUGUUGCACGCCAGUUUCCUAGGUCGUGGCGACCUCCUACCUGGACUACACCGGUGCGGAGCGGACCUGAACCACUGCGAGCAGGAGCAAGGUCUCACCGCCCUCCACCUGUGCGCCUUCAGCAAUUGUCUGGACGGCGUUCGCUACCUUAUCGACAACGGGGCCAACGUGAACUCCCGCAAGGUGCACACGCCCUUCCACUAUGCAGCCUUCGGGAACUCCUACCACGUCGCCAAGUACUUCCUGGAGCUGGGUGCCUGCCAGCACAUGAGCCAGAGCGAGGAGUCCGUGCUGCACUCCGCCGCCAGGAGCAAUGCCCUGGACGUCUUGAAGAUACUGGCGCCGAAGAACCCCGCGUUGGAUCGACUGGACAGCAACGGAUUGGCGCCCAUCCACCAUGUCGCCGAUAGAGGAGACCCUGCGUGUCUGGCCGAGCUGCUCAGAGCGGGCUGCCAGGUGAACUUGCCCACGAAGAAGGGCGAUACCGCCUUGCAUCUGGCCGCAGAGGCAGGGUGUGCCGAGAACGUGGAUCUGCUCCUGGAAAGGGGGGCGAAUGCCAACUUGAAGAACCACAGGGGCCAGACCGCUCUUCAUCUCGCGGCACGGGCGCAUUCCUUGGAGUGCGUCGAGCUGCUGCUUCGUCAGGGUAGGGCCGAUGCCAACGAGGAGGACAACGACGGGAGGACUCCUCUGCAUCUAGCCCUGGGCAGGUCCCUGUUGGCCUACGACGUCUCGGACUUCCUUAUCACCUGGAAGGCCAACGUAAACAAGGCCGACAAGUACGGGUACACCCCGCUCCACGUGGCCGCCUUGAACGAGUUGUCCCAGUGUGUGGACAUCUUGAUACAACACGGAGCGGAUCUCAGCUCGAAGACCAAGGGCGGCACCACGGCCCUAUCGAUAAUUCUGCGAAAAACACCCACGUCCUUGAACGUCUUCAAACAACGAUUGGACUCCUCGAUAACCCUCCACCAGCAUGGCUCCGCGGCCGGCGAGGUGGAGCUCAGGCUGGACUUCCAUCCUCUGCUGCAACACCAACUACAGGGCGAAAUCGGAUAUCUGGGCACUUUCGUGAAGGAGGGGUUCAAGGAGAUCCUGGAACACCCUCUGUGUCAGUCGUUCUUGCACCUCAAGUGGCAGAAAAUCAGGAAGUACUAUGUAGGCAGGUUGUUCUUCUACCUGGUCUACGUCCUCGUACUGACCGCGUGGGUGAUGACCGCGUUGGCGCACAAUUGUUAUAACGAGUCCCAUGGGCAGAUGGACUACAAGGCACCGCUCUGCACCAAUUCUUCCAGCAUCAAUGGGUUCCUCUAUCGACACCCUGCGGUGAUGGAGGUCGAGUGGUACGCUCUGGUCGUUCUCACGUUCCUGGAGGGGAUGCGGAAAAUCGCUGGCAUACUGACCUACCUCUCGGUCAAGCAGUUCUUCACCCAGGCCGAGAACAUCGUCGAGUGGUGCGUCAUCGUCAGCGUCUUCGCCACCUCCUUCGUCUACACCGGAAGGACCUAUGCCUGGCAGAGCCACGUUGGCGCCUUCGCCGUCCUCUGCGGAUGGAGCAACCUCAUGCUGAUGAUCGGCCAGCUGCCGAUGUUCGGUGCCUAUGUCGCCAUGUUCACCAGCGUUCAAGCCCAGGUCUUCAAGCUCCUCCUGGCGUACGCGUGUCUCCUCGUAGGGUUCACCGCCAGCUUCUGCGUGAUCUUCCCCAGGUCCAAGUCCUUCAGCAGCCCUCAUACAGGACUCAUCAAGGUCCUCGUCAUGAUGACCGGCGAGCUGGACUUCGAGGAACUCUUCUUCCCUGGGGAAGAAGACGGCGGCAAGGCCGUCGACGUCGGCGGCGCUUCGUGGAUCCUCCUCCAGGUUUCCGCGCAACUGUCCUUCGUACUCUUCCUGCUGUUCGUCACCAUCGUCCUAAUGAAUCUCCUCGUAGGCAUCGCCGUCCACGACAUCAAGGGCUUGCAGAAGACCGCCGGCCUGGCCAAGCUGGUGCGACAGACCAAGCUCAUCUGCGACGUGGAGACCGCUCUGUUCCUGGGACUCCUUCCGCACAAACUGAUGAAACUCUUGAGGUGGACGGCCUUGGUCUUGCCAUCCCCUCUUAGAGCCGUCCUCACGGUCAGACCUCUGAAUCCGAGGGAGAAGAGGCUACCUAGAGACGUUCUCGUCGCCGCUCAUAAAGUCGCCAGGGACAGGAAGUUCACCUCCGAGACGUUGUCCAGCAAGAGGAGCAACGGUACCUCUUACGCAUACUUCAAGAACGCUGGCUGCUACUCUUCCAUUCGUCGACCUCCGAACGAGGACGAAGACUUCCUCAACGAGGGUGACAAGAAGGUCAGGGACGAAAUCUCCGAACUGAGGAAGAUCUGCGAGAGCAAUCAGAGACUCAUUCAAGACCUACUCACGGCUCUUACGGCGGACAAGAAGUAUCGCAGCUCGCAGGACGUGGAUGGAAAUCGUUGAGAUGGUAUCGCCCAGGAGUCGGAAUUAAUAUUUCUUUGUUUUGUUAUACGGAGUCUCUUUUAUUCGGAGAUUCCUGCCGGGUGGACGCGGAAGGAAUCGUUAAGGUGGCCGACCUUGGGCCCACUUGUUCCGACCUAACGGUAGAUUUUUAAGACCUUGAGAGGAAAGACUAUUGGGCGACCUUGCGCGAGCUUAUACGGCUACUCGGAGCAAUAAUUUCACAUAUGAAACUCACUCCGCAGUAAGAGAAGUGAUAUUAUCGUUUCUAGGUUAUGAGGGCGUACCAGGGAGUGCGAAAUCUUCUAAAAUACUUGCCGCUCUUUGUGCGUCGACUGCGUCAAACGGGAUACCAAAUGAUACUCCGAUUUUGCAUGUAAUAUUUUUUUUUCUUUUUUUUUUUCAUGGGACGCGGUUCUAGAAUCAAAAGUACCUCCAGGACCUCGCGAUGGAGGGAUAACGUCGUAUACGUUAUAGGCGUGUUAAUCACGGAUUUUGUAUGUUAAGUCAGCUCUAAGGGAUGUAUUUAAAGAUAGGAUUUAACGGUGUCAUAGAAUUUCGAUCGAGGAAGGGAUAAGAAUGGAAUAAUCUCGCGAAAGUCGCUAGUCAGGAUGCAGCCGGACCUGCAACGCUUCUUUUUCGCGUGAUCGUCUCCGCGACCAAAGCUUCGAGGACCUUCGAUUUUAGGGACGGAUUUUCUAUUAGGACUAUGUAAAUAGUACAGAGUAUUGUCUCUGAUAAGCGGUGGGAUGCGGUAAAUCCGGGCAGCUCUAGCGACUGGCUUUUUGGGUAGCGCGUGUCAGCUGAUAACAGCUGUAAACUUCGUCCGAUUUUAUGGGAACGUAAAACGUACCUAUCGUGAAUUGCUCGUUACGACUGUCGAUUCAGAACGAAAGGGAAUUAUCGGCACGGCUUUCUUGCGCGUAGAACGAUAUGCCUUUUAACGAUACUUCUAGUGCACUUCAGGUAUAUGGCCAGUUAGAAUUUACAUUUACAGUCAGUCACGCGAGUCUUCCAUUACUAUCACCGGGGAAUGCAUUAAACCCUAUUAAGAUCGAAUUCCGUCCACGAUAUUAACCGUGCUGCGAGUAGUCUUGUAAGCGUCACUUCUUCCAGCGGCUCUCCUAGAUCCUAGAUAUACAAUUGUAAAUAAACUUUUGUAACUGAGAUCCACCGCGACAUAGAAAGAGAUUUUAUUAACGAACGUAUGUGUUCUUUGUCCCGCGUCCUUUUCGCGGAAUCGGCGGCUUUGACACGUUUCGAUUCCUUCAAUGCGAUGAAAAGUGGUAUCACGCUGUUUUUGCAGCUUGGGAAUGUCUCCUGAUACAAUGCGACGAUAUCGUUCGAUAAAUUCCUACGA